AGGGGAUCUGGCUAAAUGUAAGUUUCGGUGGAAACAUUCGAGAUGUUAAACUUUGAGUGCAUUCGAGUAAAUAUAAUUUCCAGGCAGUUUAAGACAUUCUCUGUCUCUCUCUCUCUCUUUAAAGCCAUGUGACCUGUAGUGUGCAUGCUCUGCUUUCACUGGAACAUGCACCUGAUUGUGACUUUAACCAGGUUUUGUUUGUUUUUAAAUCUUUCAGCAUCACGGAGGACAGAGACUGACGUUACGAAUCGUAACGAUAAUGUGCCUCGUGGAAUAAAGAUCCGGACGGAAUCUGAAUAAGAAUUUCCUGCGUCCGCUGCCAGCGGGGAAACACCAGAGUCGAGCGUUCCGCGUGACUGAAGCCACCCCCUUGCCGGAGAAUGCGGCGCGCGCCCGGGAACGCGGCGGGGUUCUGAGCGUCCUGCUCUCCGGCGGGACCGGGCGACGGGGACCGCGCGCCGGAGGCAAGGAUGGCGCACGCCGGGAGAACAGGGUACGACAACCGGGAGAUCGUGAUGAAGUACAUCCACUAUAAGCUGUCCCAGAGGGGCUACGAGUGGGACGCGGGCGACGCGGGUGCCGCCCCCACGCCGGGCGUCUUCUUCCAGCCCGCGCGCACCCCCGCGCCCGCAUCGACCCGGGACGCGGCCGCCCGGACCUUGCCACCGCAGCCGCCGCCUCAGCCGCCGCCGCCUCCCCCGGCCGCGGGGCCCGCGCUCAGCCCCGUGCCACCUGUGGUCCACCUGACCCUCCGCCAGGCCGGCGACGACUUCUCCCGGCGCUACCGCCGCGACUUCGCCGAGAUGUCCAGCCAGCUGCACCUGACACCCUUCACCGCGAGGGGACGCUUUGCCACGGUGGUGGAGGAGCUCUUCAGGGACGGGGUGAACUGGGGGAGGAUUGUGGCCUUCUUUGAGUUCGGUGGGGUCAUGUGUGUGGAGAGCGUCAACCGGGAGAUGUCGCCCCUGGUGGACAAUAUCGCCCUGUGGAUGACUGAGUACCUGAACCGGCACCUGCACACCUGGAUCCAGGAUAAUGGAGGCUGGUCAUGAGAAUAAAUAGUCAUCAGUGGUUCAUACCAAGAUUGGACACCUGAUUCGCAAGUUCCUCCAGGGGUGUAAGUGUGCAGGAACAACACAUCCACAAAGCUCCCCUGGCUCCAGCGAAUGACCUCAUUGUCAAAUUGUAAGCUGCCUAAAGCUUUAAUAAAAAGGUGGGAAAAGUCUGUGGUUUUACCUCUGGUGUGAGCCUCAUCACUCGGCUGUUCCUAUUUCAGGCAUGACUUGAGUGUUUUUUUCCAGCGUCCAGAGGUGGAAUGACAUGUUGCUUAAGUUUACAAGAUGACGAUGUUUCUGUUUUUAUAUUUAGCUAUAAAUUUUAUUCCACUCAUAAACAAACCCACCUUUAACAGCCACGUGCAUCCGGGGAGUUAUUUCCAUUCCUCUUGGUUGGAUUUGGAUAUAUUUGGCCUGGGACAGCACAGCAUUGCCGUAACAUUGGAACAGGAUGCUUUUGCAUUGGUUUGCUGGGCUCAAGGAGUUUCACCAUGGGCCAGGAAACUAAUUUUUAAAAAGAAACCUAGACUCUGAAUUCUGACAAGAUAGGAAACUUUGACCACUUCAUUGUGAAACCGAUCUUUCUCUCCUCUUGUUCACUAAUUUAUGUAUCUGUGGGUUAUUAAACACAUGUGGAUUGCUUAACUGACUUUAAGUGCCUGCACAGAAUGCAACGCAAAUCCAGAAGGGAAACAGCUAAUAUUUUAAGUGGUUUCUUUAAUAAAGCAUAUGUUAAUAAAAAAAUUAAAUGCCUAUCCAGGCACAGCAUGUGAUGCCUUUUUAAAGUGGAACUUCAUGGUGUUUCGUAAGGAAGCAAAAACGGAAGGGAAAUUAUUAUUCAGGCAAAGAGACUGCAGUGAACUUUCAUUAAGCGAGAGAGUUCAACACGGGGCUCCCCAAACCUAGGGCUCUGGGUGAGUUGAGCUGAAUAACUCAGCAAACGCUUCCUCUGUCUUCUCUGGACCAAAUGGCUUUAAAAAUACUGAUCCAAAGUGGUCUUACGUGUCUGAUUUAUUGUCUAUAACUCAACAGCUUAAAGCUCUCAAUGGCUGCGACCGACUGUUACAGCAUUAGUGGAUUGAGAUCAUCAGAAUCUUCAUUCUUUAAGCAGCUCUCUGAGUGUUGGAGAGAUUGAAUUCAGUUCUAGGGGAGAGCAGAUUGGGAUUCCUUGCUCAGGAUGAAAUCCCUGGUUUCCAGCAUAACAGAGAGAAAGCCCUGCCCUCCAUGGACCUGGAUUCCCUUUGGGAUUAUACAUGAUGAGACGUAAGACACACCUACUGGUUACUGAUAAUGUGAUUUGUGGGUAAAAGACCUUUAGGGCUGCAGAGUAACAGCUUCUGAGAUCUCUGUUUCAUGAAGAUGACCCUAAACACAUCUAAGAACUAGGACGUAAUUUCAGCCUUUUUUUUUUCUGCUAAAGAGUGUCACCAAGCUCACACCCAUUACUCGUGAGAGGUUGGCUGUCAUUCUUAACCAGUUUGUUUGAAUAACCUGUAUUCAGUGUAUAGUGAAAUAUGCAUAACAUACAAUAAAAUUUCCAUUGCAGCUGUUUUUACACAGUUUGGUGGCAUUGAUUCCAUUGAUGUUGUUGUACAGCCAUUGUCACCAUGCUUUUCCAGAACUGUGUCAUCUUCUGUAACUGUAAGUCAGUACCUCAUGAGAUUCCUUCUUUCCUCAGCCCACAGGAAACUCUCUUCUCUCUGAAUUUGCUACUUCUAAGUAUCAUACAAGUGGAAUUGUACAAUGUUUGGUUUUUACUGUUCAACUUAUUUUUUA